AUGAAGGAAGCCGUAGAGAAUGUGGAGCUGGAGACUGUAUCGGGCAGGAGGACUUCUAAGGACGAGGAAGUUGAGACUUUAGGAAAUCGCAAGAAAAUUUCCCCGUACCUGACAAUGUUGCCAAUGGCCUUUACGAAGUUUAACAGAGCUCCUCAGAAGAAAAAGGCGAAAUCUCCUCCCAAAAAAUCACCAGACUCGGAUCAUGUUAAGGAAGGGCCCUGUGGCAUUGGUUGUAUUGUUGUCCCCUGCUGUGAGCAUUUUAACAGCAUUCGCUGCUUCCUGUUUUUCUUCAGCAUGCUGAUCUUCACUCAAGGUAUUAUUUUUGGUCUUAUAGACGUGAGCACUAACAAUUUUCAAGAGAACUACACUCUGAGAACCAUGCAGAAAUUAGCCUUGAAACUCAGUUAUGAUGUUUCCUCUUGCGUGGUAGCAAUAUUUGUAGCGUAUUAUGGAGCAAGAGGAAACAGACCAAGAUGGGUUGCACUGUCCUCCUUUUUAAUAGGAGUUGGAUCAUUUUUACUUGCUUAUCCAUACUUGAGUGUUGAAGAUCUUUAUUUAGUGGAAGAAGUUUCAGACAUUUGCAAUCCAAUGAAGAUUCUCGAUGCUUGCACCAGAUCCGAAUCAUUCCAAUCAAAAUAUGUAUAUUUCUCCAUCUCCGGGCAGAUUGUGCUGGGAAUAGCAAGAAUGCCUCUUUAUAUCCUUGGAAUUACCUUCCUUGACGACAGUGUUCCUUUGCACUCCUCUGGCUUCUAUUUAGGUAUUGGGGAUGCUUCAUCAACAUUGGGAUAUGGUGUGGGUUAUGUAAUGGGAGCACCACUACUUAGGGCCCCUAAAAAUAACAACCAGAAUACCAAUAGGACUGUGAACAAUGACAGUGAUAGAAAAUGGCAGUUUAUUUGGUCGAUUGAUUUUUUUGCUGCCGGUCUUCUUGCAUGGUCUGCUGUAAUACCAUUGUUAUGCUUUCCACAUGACAUACCAGGUACAGCAAAAAUAAAAGCUAUAAAACGUAAACAACAGACUCAUUUGUUUGGUGACAAGCUUAAAAAUAAGAAAUUUGGACCUGGUAUUAAGGACUUGUUUGCUGCUAUUGGGAUCCUACUGAAGAAUCCAGUGUUUUUAUGCAAAGCUGUGUCCAAAGCCUCAGAAUUCUUAGUUUUGAUUGGAGCUUCUGAAUUUAUACCUAUAUAUUUAGAAAAUCAGUUCAUAAUAACACCCAGGAUGGCAGCAACACUUACAGGUGUUAUAUUAAUUCCAGGAUGUGCACUUGGCCAGCUUCUGGGAGGUAUCAUUGUGUCCAAGUUACAAAUGUCUUGUAAAGCCCUUAUGAGAUUUAUCAUCAUUACAUCUCUUUUGUCAAUUAUAUUUCUUGUACUUAUAAUUUUUGUACACUGCCAUCCAGUCCAAUUUGCUGGAAUCAACGAAGAUUAUGACGGAACAGGUCAGUUGGGAAACCUCACAGCUCCGUGCAAUGAAAAUUGUCAAUGCUCAUCUUCAUUAUAUUCUUCUGUCUGUGGAAGAGAUGAUAUUGAAUAUUUUUCUCCCUGCUUUGCAGGCUGUACUGAUUCUAAAAUGUUUAAAAACACAAAGACAUACUACAAUUGUUCUUGCAUUAAAGCGGGAUUAACAACUCCAGAUGUAGAAGGUGAUUUUAUUGAUGCCAGGCCUGGGAAAUGUGAUACCAAGUGUCUUACAUUACCUGUGUUUUUCGCUUUGGUUUUUUCUGCAGUUGUUUUUGCUAGUUUUUCUGAUGUGCCACUUACGCUAAUCAUCUUCCGGGUUGUACCAGGGAAACUCCAUUCUUUGGCGUUGGGUAUAUCGUAUGUCAUUCUAAGAUUACUUGGAACAAUUCCUGGACCAGUCAUUUUUAAAAUGGUAGGAGAAACUUCUUGUACCUUUCGGGAUAUUAAUCAUUGUGGACGCAAAGGACGUUGUUGGAUCUAUAACAGGACAAAAAUGGCCUACCUACUGGUAGGAAUAUGUUUUUUGUGCAAAGUAUUCACUAUCUGCUUAACUACUAUUGGAUUUUACUUUUUCAAGUAUUUUAAAAAGGAAAAUUCUGAAGUUGUCCAGCCUAUACCUGUGAAAUAUAUAAACCCUAAAAAAACAGGAAAGGAAUAA